CGUAUUCUGUUGUUAUGACGACGACAUGGCGACUCUAGGCGUAGGAGAAGACGAUUGGAGACAUGCGGAGACUCAAGACGAAGAGCAGUAUGCUACAAUGUCUAUUCAAGAAUUAUUGGAUGCGUGGGAGAAGCAAAGAUACGAGAACGAGGUACUGGAGCGAGAGAGUGACAUGUUUGAAAAGUUUCUAAAACGAGUAGAACCGAAGGAAGCAGCAUUGACAAGAAGAGUGUCUGGCAGUGGAGCUCAGGGGCAAGACAUACGAAUGGCAGGCAGGAAACGCUCACGAAGAGGAGUCAUUCCAGACAAGAUGCUGAGGUUAACAACCGAACAGAAAUGUGAUAUCGCAACGCGAGAGCUUGAAGAACUGAGAGACGAAAUCGACAGAUUGCAGGACGAAUGCGAGCGAGUUCUUGACUCGUACAGGGCAUCCCUGGAAGAGGCCGACAUUCGAUUUGGUGAGACUAAGAAGGCGAUGUAUGAGUUUGAACGAGAUAUUGUGAGAGGGGCAGUGAUACAGCGUAUAGGGAAAGUAUCUGCUGAACGUGUCAGUCGCUACUUUGAAGAUAAGCUAAGAGCAAGAGACACUCUCAUUGAAAAACUUCGUCUCAAAAACUCAACACUCAAAGUACAAAAGAAGAAACUCCAAAUGCAACUAAAACAGAAAGAAGAGAUGGGUGAGGUUCUUCAUGAGGUUGAUUUCAAUCAACUUCAGAUUGAGAAUAAGCAAUACCAAGAGAAGAUAGAAGAGAGAAAUCAGGAGCUUUUGAAAUUGAAGUUGAAGGCUGGCAAUACGCAGCAAGUGUUGAACUUGUAUAAGAAAAAACUUCAUACUGUUACUAUGGAAUCCGAGCACUUAAAAGCCGAAAUCAAGAGUCGAAAUGAUCAACUAAGGAAAAACGCCAUCGAAGUAGAGGCAGUUGAGCAAGAGAGACAAAAGGCUGACCAUCUCAACAGACAGCUACGCCAGCAAUUGGGUGACUACCGUGUUCCAGAUGUUCUUGACUAUGUGAGUGAAAGGGCAACUCUGUACGAAAUACUGAAGACGGUGAGAAGUUGGGAACGGAAGGUAGAGAUCGCUCAGAUGGCACUGAAGACCCACAAGAAAGAAUGGAACCGUCUACGCAAGCAUAGUUAUCAGUUGAAUCCGUGGAAUGCUCUAGAGGGCAUUCCAUUGUAAGACCGUCCAUGUACACUCGUUUGUCAAGUCAGAACGAAUGAGUGACUAGAAAAUUAUAGUUGCAAAAUAUAAUAAACACGUGGACUGUA